AUGAGGAAGUUUAUCAUUUUGUUCAGAAGUUCUGUAGACCGUGAUGUGCUGGGUGAGACGGAGAUAUUUUUCGGCAUCGAAGAACAGCACCCUCGCAAGGAAAGACUGGACCAAGUACCAUCACCAUCCGGGCCAAAAGCAUUUUUUGUUUGGAUUCUCUUGGAGGUUUCCGUGGACAUGGAAACUUCAUCCCUCAACUAUUACCUCACCUCAAGACCAGACGGGGCACGGUUCUCUUGCAGAAUGACAGCACAGCCAGCGUCUGAAGGCACCGGUUACGCAUACAGAGAGAGGGAGUCACAGGAGUUGGAUGCCCCCAGCAGUGGUAUCCAUCUCUUCACAAACCUUAAAUGUGCUGGAGCCAGUGUAUCAACAGGAGGAAGUAGUUCUGGAGGUAGGUACAUAGAAGAACAAGAUGUGACUUACAGUGGGGAGGACGUGACUUACAGUGGACAGCACGUAGUGGUGGAGGGUGGAAGGAUCUCCAUUGCAUGUGUACUUGGUGUGAACGACUUCUUGCAGUGGACGUUAAAUGACACACCCAUUGUACUUGGGGAGUCUGGAUACACAAUGAUCCAUGGGCCUGGGCGGCAGGGCUAUGUGGUGAGCCGGCUGACCCAAGCAAGGGCACGCUCCAUCCAUGCUGGAGAAUAUAGAUGUACUGGUCGUGCCAAGGAGAUCCAUAGGGUUUUUGUUGUUAGUGGAUCGGUCACUGAGACAGAAAGAACUCGUCUGUUGAGAAAAGGUCAUCCUUUAUCCUUGACCUGCUCACCCAAUGUCACCCAAACUACUACAUCAUGGGAAAAAGAUGGUAAAGAAAUUUUCGAAAGUGAACGAAUCAAGUUGUUCUCCAACACCACAUUGUACAUUGUCAGUGCAGAGGAGAGUGACAUUGGAGAGUAUACUUGUCGUCAUAAGGAUUUGCAGGAACCCAAUACGUUCAGUGUGGUUGAAUUCUCUUUCCAGAAGCACUUGCCAAAGUCCACAACAGUGCUAGAAAAUGACAAACUAUCCCUUACUUGCCAAGUGGAUGGCAACCCUCAUCCCAUCAUUCAGUGGCUUAAAGAUGGUGAGCCAGUUCAAGAGUCUGUUAACUCCUCAAGACUUGUCCUGUCUGAAAAUGAGGCAGGCAUUUCCAAUGGUAGUCUUCUCAUUGACCCUGUGUUGAAGAUUGAUAGUGGAAACUACAUGUGCUUGAUCACCCAAUCCACUAUCCAAUUCAACACCACAACUGAAGUACGAGUCAAAGAUAUUUAUGCUGCCUUGUGGCCCUUCCUUGGCAUAGUAGCAGAGGUGAUUGUACUUUGUAUCAUCAUUUACAUUCAUGAAAAGCGACGCAUCAAGAAAAACUUCGACACUUCUGAUAGUGACAAAAUAUCUGAACAGAAAGUCAAGGAAGAGAACAAAGAAAAUGAAGUAAGACAAAGAAAAUGAUGAGAUGCUGUAAUAGCUUAAAUACCUAUUUGCAGAUGCAAUAUUGAAGGGUAUAUAUAUAUAUAUAUAUAUAUAUAUAUAUAUAUAUAUAUAUAUAUAUAUAUAUAUAUAUAUAUAUAUAUAUAUAUAUAUAUAUAUAUAUAUAUAUUGAAAAAAACUUUGGAGUGAUUCUGAAUGAAUUUCUAUAGAUAUUUGUAGUUAUUUGUAUUCAUGGGAUUUCUAACAAAAUGCUGGUUUUGAUAUUUAGUCAUCAAGUUUGUAAAAACUUUUGAUCAAGAAGUAUAGUAACUAUGAACUAUUGUCUAUGUAAUAAAUAUAGGUACAUGUCUGUUGCUAGAUGUUUUUUAUUUAAAGUAGUAGUUAGUUAGCAAAUUACAUAUGUAAAAAAUCAUAUAUAAACUUCUCUACAAGGGCUGUUACUUUUUUUCUUUCUUUUAAUUUCUAUGAAUCAUUUUAGGCAGUUUAACAUUUGUGUAUUUUUCAUUUAUCUAUUCAGUCAUAAAAUGACAAGAUAUAUUUCAUAAUUUUCAUCUUUUAUACCAUAGUUAAUAAUGUCACUAGCCUUUACAACCAGCCCUAUAAAAGCAUAACAUUGUGUCUUUAAUCUUUAGCUGUAGUUACCUAAUUAAAAUAAAUUAUACUAUUGUGGUUUGCCAAAUACAUUGCAUAAGGCACUAGUGAACAACCCACAAAGAAUAAUGUGGAUGUUUUUUUUAUUUUGUUUUAUUUUUCACAAUAUUCUGGUCACAGCAUUAUUUCACUUCUUUACACUUGUUUCCAAAUUAUAUAUACAUAGAUAUAUAAAAAAAACAUUAUUGCAUUGAAAGCAAAAUCAUUUGUAACAUGAUAACACAAGUAUGUAUUAAACAUAUAACAUUG